UCUACAAAACAAAACCCUAGAACUCUUCGCCGCUUUUAACCUAACUAAUCAAAACAAACAAUGUCUGAGUCAAACAAGAAAAUUUCAUUGAUAAGCUCCGAGGGCGAGGCUUUCGAGGUGAGUGAAGCGGUUGCGCGUGAGUUCGAGAUCGUAGCGCACAUGCUCGAAGACGGCUGCUCUGGUAGCAGUAUCCCGAUCACAACCGUCGACAGUAAUAUCCUCGGCAAAGUGAUCGAGUAUUGCACGAAACACGUUGAAGUUGGUAAUGUCGAAGGAAACUCGGAGAAGGCUGAGAAGGAUCUCGAAGAGUUCGACAAAAGAUUUAUUGCUGUGGAGAUGAAUACGCUCUUUUCACUCAUCCUCGCAGCUAACUAUCUCAACGUGAAAGGCCUUCUCAACAUUGGUUGCCAGAAGGUUGCAGAUACCAUCAAAGACAUGAAACCAGAGGAGGUUCGCUCUAUUUUUAACAUCGAGAAUGAUUACACUCCUGCAGAAGAGGAAGUUGUUCGCAAGGAGAACGAGUGGGCUUUUCAGCCCUAAUUUUUUCUAGUUUUCUGAAUUUCGGUGUUAUUUGUUUUUGUUUUUUUGAUGACUUGGUUUGUCUCUUUUCUUUACAAUUCGUGAAUCGUUUUUAAUAGUUUUCUCCAAGUAUGCCUUA